UGGUGGUGACAUAACCGUAUCCAAUUUUUGAGCAGAAAACAUGCACAGUUUUUAGUCCAGAAGAAGUUUUCGAAGUAUUACUUGAAAUAAUUAAAUAACAAUGAAUCACUUGUGUAAAUCAUUUGGAAAACUUCAUCUGCAGCCCGUUUUUCGAAACACCGCGGUAAGUCGCUUGUUUUCUAUCAAUCAGUGCCAGCUACAAAGUACCGCAACUGCGGUGACUUCAGAACCGGAAAAAAUCAUUGUGCCCCGACGUAUAGAACGCAGUCCCACGGAUAUCCUCAAUGCACUUUCCAGUACGGUGGGAUUCGAUCCCACUGCUGCGCAUUACAAAUAUCAUGAUGACCCAUAUUUGAUACCAACGUCCAAUAUGGCAAAGAAGAAUUUCGCAAUGGCACAGGAGGCCGGCCGAAAGGCCGCCCUUUGGAUCCGGCAGGAAAACGCCAAACUGUUUCAGCACAAGGAAGCAGAUCCACCGGUACCGGCAUUCAUUCCUACGAUGGUCUACAAUGAGGAAAGUAAGGUAGAACUAACCGAUUUGGAAAAAUUAAUUGAAAACGUAGACGUACAGGACGCCAUUCUGGUGUAUAAUCUCCUGAAGAAGAAUAACGUCGAUGUGAGUCCGGAGCUGAAACAAUCCAUGAUGGAGCUGUUGUGUUUUUUCAAUCACGAAGAAUCGCUACCUGAAGAAUUUAUCGAGGAACGUUGGUUCCAGCAGGGAAUGACGGAGAAGGGCCGCCAGAGGAAAACGUGGAAGGAUUUGGAAUUAGCCGAGCAGAUUUUCCAUGAGAUUGAGGAUAAAAAGCCCAUGCACUACUGUGCGGUGAUCCGCGGUAUGGCCAAAUAUUUCCAGGUGGAAAAAGCGUGGGCUUUGUAUCAGGAAACAGUCGACAAGGGAAUUCAGUUAGAUACGAAUACGUUCAACAGCUUGCUCCAGAUUGCAUCUUUCCUAAAGGAGAGCUACGAAAUGCGGUGGGAUUUAGUAUGCGAAGUUUUAACUGCUAUGAAGAACCAAAAUUUGAAACCAAAUAUUGGCACAUUGAACGCAAUCCUCUAUACGAUUACAACCAUCGGAGGAUACAACCACCCAAGAAAUUACGCAUUGAAGACGCUAUCGGAAUUCAAAAAGCUUGGAAUAGAACCAUCCCUGGCCAGCUGGUACUACAUGUUGGCUAUUUUCUGUCGUGAACGUGGUCCAACGAGCCAUAUUCUACAUGACAUCAUGAACGAAAUCGAAAACAAAGAAUUCCGAGUCCAGGAUCCUAAGGACACAUUCUUCUUCGUUACCGCCAUGGACGUUUGCCGGAACCAUCUUCACGAUAAAAGUCUCGCUAAGCGGGUGAACAACUUGCUUCACUAUAAAGAUAACUACGAUCUAAUAGGAGACUCGUACAAAGAAUCGAUCUACUACCGAAACUACUUCACAAUUCUCUGCAACACAGAGCCACUGGAAACGUUCAUGGAGACCUAUAACCUGCUGGUUCCGAACGUCUACAUACCAGAACCAUCCGUAAUGGAGGAUAUCCUCAAGUCGAUAGAAGUGAAUUGUGCUUCGAAUUACCUUCCGCAGAUUUGGUCGCACAUGAUUCAGUUUGAUCACACUGGUCGGGAAAAUCUGCUGGAUUUGAUUCUGCAAAUAAUGGUGAGGAAUCCACCACAAGAUUCAGCACUUAACGAUAGUUUCACCAACAUUGCCUGGGAUAUGUACAAAAGGUUGGAGGACCAACUUGCUGCUGGCAAUGGCCGCAAACAGCAGAUUGCAUUUUCUGGUAGUUUACUGGGGGAUAUGCUGACCCUGUGUUGUCGUGGAAAGGACUUCGAAAAGGCUCAAACGUUGUUCGAGAAACUGAACAAUGAGCAAAACUCCAUUGUUGGCGACCCAAAGGUGAUGGCUUUGCGAGCAUUCAUUGAGCUGUGUGUUGAAGAGAAGCAACCUAGCUUGGCCGUCAGUUGCCUGCAGUACUGUGCGGAGAACGGUUUCCCGGAGAGUGCCGAGUUCGGUCAACUUGUUUACAGUUCGAUGACGCUGAGUGAGGUGCACAUAGAGAAGAUAAAACGGUACGUUGGAGCGGAUGCUUUGAAGGCGGCUGAUAAGACAGAAGCAGGUGGUAAGUGAAUGUUUUGCUUUGCAUAGGUUGUGCAGUAGACAAAAGGAAUUUUAAUGUGAA